GCCCGCAAGGCCUCAGCAUCCAGAGCAGCUCUUGGCGUGCUCCUUGCAGGAGGAUCACCUCGUCUGAGUUGUUCUCAGAUUACGGCCGGUGUCCUUUUGUUUCUCUAUUUUCUUGCACAGUCCUUGGACUGGUGCAAGUGUCCUGUUUUUCACCUUUUAACUUGCACAGUCUCAGGACUUGUGCAAGUGUCCUGUUUUUCCCCUCUUUACUUGCACAGUCUCAGGACUUGUGCAAGUGUCCUGUUUUACCCCUUUUUUACUUGCACAGUCUCAGGACUUGUGCAAGUGUCCUGUUUUUCCCCUUUUUACUUGCACAGUCUCAGGACUUGUGCAAGUGUCCUGUUUUUCCCCUUUUUACUUGCACAGUCUCAGGACUUGUGCAAGUGUCCUGUUUUUCCCCUUUUUACUUGCACAGUCUCAGGACUUGUGCAAGUGUCCUGUUUUACCCCUUUUUUACUUGCACAGUCUCAGGACUUGUGCAAGUGUCCUGUUUUUCCCCUUUUUACUUGCACAGUCUCAGAACUCGUGCAAGUAUCCUGUUUUUCCCCUUUUUACUUGCACAGUCUCAGAACUCGUGCAAGUAUCCUGUUUUUCCCCUUUUUACUUGCACAGUCCCAGGACUUGUGCAAGUAGGUUUUUUUUCCAUUGUUGUUUCCUGGCCUACGGACUCAAGCAGCCCUGCUCAAAGGAUGGAGCGAGUCCGUAGAGCAGUCAGCAGCACCUUUUCAUUGGCGGCUUCUCGGAAAGCUUUUCUUCGUUUGGCUGCUCGCCUCAGAGGUGGAAGGAGUCAAGCGCGCGCUUCGGUCCCACGAGGAGAGGAUCUUGCCAGUCAGGACUCCCGGGCCCAGGCAGGAAAGGCGGAGCGGCAGGAGAGCACGGACAGAGUGCACGGCGCCCAGGAGUUCAGGUGGAAGGAGUUGGCUGCAUGUGAGAGAAAGCGCCACUCCUCACUGGAGAGGGCGUCUGAAGUGGCGGCAGCGACAGCGGAGGAAUGGCAGCCUCAGAGGGAUCUGCUGAAAGAAGCGGUUCCUCUGGCCGUGCCAAAGGUUUUCCGCCGGCAGCGGCCAGCCCACAGGGGCCUGGAGAAGCUGCUGCAGGAGUUCUCCCGCCAAGGGCACACCCUGUCCCAGGUGUGCAGAGAGAAGGCGGUGCUGGCACAGGAGAACGCUGCCCUGGAAGCACGACUGGCAGCCACGGAGCGGGACCUGCGAGGCCUUUCAGAGCAGCUGGCAGAGGCCAGGUCAGAAAAGGAGAGCCUGCAAAGCAGCCUGCUGGAGGCACAGCAGCACAUAUGGGAGCUGGAGAUGGCCAGGAGCCGUGUGGAAGCCCAAGUGCACAGGGCCAGGCAGGCCAAGGAGGCGAUACUGGAGGAUGUGAGAGGCCUUCGUCGUGAGCUGCUGGCUGUAAGAGCUCUCAGCCAGCAGCAAUGUGAAGACAUGGCUGAACAGCUCCGCUGGGCACAAGAGCAGUGCUGCAAGGUUCUGAGACUCUGGCAAUCUUCCCAGGAAGAGGAAAAAAGGAAUCUCGAGCAAAAACUGGAGAGACAACUGGAAGAGCAGCAUGUGGAGGCACGGAAGCAGCUGGAGGAACGGGCAAACUUCCUGGCAGAGACCUCCUUGCUGUAUUCCACGAGCAGCGAAAUGAAGAAGAGAUCAUUGGGAAAAUCUUUGAUUCCCCGUCUGCGCAAGGCAGGAAUUCCCCCUGUGGGCAGUGCUGCUGGGUCUGUGCACAGCUCUCCCCAGAUGGAAUUGCAGGAGUCCCAGGAGAUGAGGCCAAGACCCAGCAGCAGAAGCCAGGAGAAGACCCCAGAGCAUGCAGCUCUGACUGGCUACCCUUCUGCCACGAAUCUUCCUCAGACACAUCCCGCUUCACUGCUUCCCUUGAAGCCUUUGCCUCCCAUCCAAGAGAGCUCAUCCAUCAAUCUGAGCAAGAUGUAUGAUGGGGAGGAAGGGAAAAGGAAAAGUAGCACUGACAAUGAAGAUGUCAGAAGAAACAUCGCGGAGCAGUGUUCAGAGGGAAAAGGACAUAAGACAUCCUUGCCUUCUCCUGGCAAAGAAAUGAAGAAGAGAUCAUUGGGUAAAUCAUUGAUCCCCCGUCUACGCAAGGCAGGAAUUCCCCGUGUUGGCAGUGCAGCUGGGUCUGUGCACAGCUCUCUCCAGAUGGAAUUGCAGGAGUCCCAGAAGAUGAGGGCAAGACCCAGCACCAGAAGCCAAGAGAAGACCCUGGAGUAUGCAGAUACGACCGGCUACAGUCUUUCCAAGAAGUUUUCUCUGGACAUUUCUGAUAUUCCCUUACCAAGAAAGUCCUUGCCUCCAGUCCAGAAGCGCUCUUACCUCCAAGAUCAGGAAGAAGCUGCCAACUGUCCAAAGAAUGUUCCAAGAAUAGGAUUUAGGCUUUAGGAUUAUCAAGAAGAGGAUUCAUUAAGAAUAGGAUUCAUCAAGAAAAGUAUUCAUCAACUAUAGGAUUCAUCAAGAAUAGGAUUCAUCAACUAUAGGAUUCAUCAACAAUAGGAGUUAGGAUUUUGGAAUAGGUUUAGGCUUCAUAGUUGCAGAUGUAUCUAUGUUCUGAUAGUUUUGAAUAAAUGUGUUUGAUUGUAUA